UCUUUAAUGCUCUUAAAUAUGAGUUUGAAAUGUGCAUUUGUUUCACACACUGCUUGCUUCUGAUAAUAGCAAUGCACCUAUUUCUCCAUAAACCAUCUCAUGUUCUUCUGACUUUGCUCCUGUUGCAUGUACAGUGUAAUGGAAGCAAUGAUUCAAUAGUGCCAGCAGUUAUAGUGUUUGGUGAUUCAGUAGUAGAUACAGGAAACAACAAUAAUUUAAAGACAAUUUUCAAGGUGAAUUACCCUCCUUAUGGUCAAGACUUUUCUGGAGGUCAACCCACUGGCAGGUUUUCUAAUGGCAAAGUUCCUUCUGAUUUCCUUGUGGAAGAAUUAGGUGUUAAAGACGUAUUGCCACCGUAUCUCGACCCAAACCUAAAAAAUGAAGAUCUACUGACAGGAGUGAACUUUGCAUCUGGAGGUGGUGGAUAUGAUCCCCUUACAUCUGUGCUUGCGUCGGUGAUCUCGCUCGAUGAACAAAUAGAGUUAUUUAAAGAGUACAAGGAGAAGGUGAAAUCAGUGGCGGGGGAGGAAGUGUUGAACACAAUAUUAAGCAAAGGAUUGUUCGUAGUGGCAACCGGCAGCAAUGACGUCACCAACACCUACUUCAAUAACCCUCUAAGGCUAUACCACUAUGACUUUGACUCCUACACUCAUCUUAUGGUCGACUCUGCUUCUUCCUUUUUACAGAAUCUAUAUAAUUUAGGUGCUCGACGAAUCGGUGUUUUUGGUAUACCACCAAUAGGAUGUCUACCAUCACAAAGAACUUUGAAAGGAGGAACACUAAGAGAAUGCGCAGAGAAGAAUAACGAGUUAGCAGCAUUGUUCAACACCAAGUUAUCAAUGGAGAUCAAUUAUUUAAACCUUAAUCUACCUUCUGCAAGGAUGGUUUACAUUGAUGGUUAUUAUCUUCCACUUGACAUCAUACAAAACCCUACAAAAUAUGGGUUUGAUGUUUCAACGGUAGGUUGUUGUGGCACGGGUACUAUAGAGGUAGCUUUCUUAUGCAAAUACACUUGUUCAAAUGUGUCGGAGUACGUAUUCUGGGAUAGCUUUCAUUUUACAGAGAAUGCAUACAAAAUCAUUGUUCAUGAUUUCCUCAGCAAAAAUAUGAAUUUGAUGAUGUGAAUCAUAACUGAUACCGCUAGUUUAGCUCGUUCUUUAUAAUAUUUGUAAGUUUCCGACAUUAAAGAUUGUUCUUAUUUUUAUUUGUUAUGCUUCACCAUUGUUUAAGGUAUGGAAAAUUACCUGAGCAAUCGGUUACAUACACUAAUAUAAGAUUUUGACUUGUUUUAAAAGCUU